CUUUGUUCUCAUUGGCUGAUAUGAAAAGCGGACGUGACGUCAUCAGACAAAGCGAGAACCUGCUUGAUUAGUGUGAGACACUUUAAAAGGAAGAGAAAUUAGUGGAAAACGAAGCCUGUUCGAUUGUUGCUUCUUCUGUGGUGAACAGAAAGCCAUUGCCUGUUUAUUUGAGUAGUAAAUAGGUUCUGUCAAUUCUCUUCUUCUUCGUCGACGUCAUGACACAACGUGGGAGAGGCAGAAGGAGUUACUAUCCAUGAUUACUGGAUAACAUUGGAUUAAAGGAUUUAUCAUUUUUGAAAGAUUAAACAAAGCUGUGACACAGAACAAAGAGAUCCCUGUUUAUAGAAAGAAGAUUACGGGAUAACAUUGGAUUAAAGGAUUUAUCAUUAUUGAAAGAUUAAACAAAGCUGUGACACAGAACAAAGAGAUCCCUGUUUAUAGAAAGAAGGUAAAUUUUGUGUGAAAUAUUUCUUGCGACUGCAGCAAUAUUUCUUCUUCAAUGAGGAUUUUGCAUUCCUAUUAACCUUGGAUUACAAAAGAGCUGGCAGCUUCUGCAGAUAUUGACCAAGAUAAGAAAUUUUAUAGGAAUGAAGUGUGUAAACAUCUGCAUAUUGUGGUGAGAAAAUAUAAAUUAUGGAAAGUGAAUUGCGUGAGGACAAUGUGAAAUGUAAAAUGCUGACGGAAAGUCUUGACUUUAUUGAGGAGGUGCCAAAAGAUAGAGGAAAAACAUCUCACAACUGUGAUAUCUGUAAAAAGUCAUUUACUCGGAGAGAAAGCCUCACGGUUCACAAACGUAGUCAUACAGGAGAGAAACCAUAUCGCUGUGAUAUCUGUGGAAAAUCAUUCUCUCAAAGUUACCACUUAACUAAACACAAGCGCAUUCAUACGGGAGUUAAACCAUAUCACUGUGAUAUCUGUGGUAAAUCAUUCUGUCAAAGCAUUCAUUUAACUAAACACAAGCGUAUUCACACAGGGGAAAAACCAUAUCACUGUGAUAUCUGUGGUAAAUCAUUCUCUGUAAGUAGUGAGUUAACUAGACACAAACGAAUCCAUACAGGAGAGAAACCUUAUCAAUGUGAUAUCUGUGGUAAAUCAUUCUCUAAAAAUUUUGUCUUAACUAAUCACAAACGCAUUCAUACAGGAGAGAAACCGUACCAGUGUGGUAUCUGUGGUCAAUCAUUUUCUGCAGGAGGUUCCUUACAUAAGCACAAGCGCAUUCAUACAGGGGAGAAACCAUAUCGCUGUGAUAUCUGUGGGAAAUCAUUCUCUCAAAAUGAUAAAUUAACUAACCACAGGCGCGUUCAUACAGGAGAGAAACCUUAUGAGUGUGAUAUCUGUGGUAAAUUAUUCUCUCAAAAUUCUGCCUUGACUGAACACAAACGCAUUCAUACAGGAGAGAAACCAUAUCAGUGUGAAAUCUGUGGCCAGUCUUUCGCUGCAGGAGGGUCUUUACAUAAGCACAAACGCAUUCACACAGGGAGAAACCUUACCAAUGUGAUAUCUGUGGUGAAUCAUUCUCCAUAA